AUGGGAAUCAUGAACUUGGCAGCCGGCAACAGUGGUAGCAGUGAAGUUUGUGCUGGGGAUAGUGGUAGUAGUGAAGUUUGGGUUGGGGAUAGUGAUAGUAGUGAAGUUUGGGUUGGGGAUAGUGAUAGUAGUGAAGUUUGUGCUGGGGAUAGUGGUAGUAGUGAAGUUUGUGCUGGGGAUAGUGAUAGUAGUGAAGUUUGGGUUGGGGAUAGUGGUAAUAGUGACGUUUGGGUUGGAAAAAUUAGCAUUAGAAACGUUGCAAUUGGAAACAUUGGCGUAAACCCAACUAGCAUGGAUCGACAUAAAUUGUUUGGAAACUUUGAGAGAACCGGACUGUGCCUUGAAUACUAG